CAUUUCUGUUAUAUUUAAAACAAAUAUACAUUUUAAUACAUUUUAUUCGCCGACCGGUACGUUUCAACGAUCGAGUAGCGGUUAAUUUCGAGUGAAUCGAUGUCUUAGAAAUACCCUUAACAAGUAAUCGAAUUAUUCGAUACCAACAUCAUACGUUGCAAGUUUGGAAAAGAAGAAGAGCUCGCAAUGUCUAUUUAUUUGUUAUGUUUGACAACAAAUGGCGGCUUGCCGGUGUUUACGCGAAAGAAGGGAGAGUGCGAGAAUCUGCCCUUCUCCACAGUGGCCUCCCUGAAUGGCUUUCACAUGUUCUUCAAAUCGCUGGGCAUCCAACUGGAGGCCACGACCACUAGCAAACAGCAGCCCAGUCAGAACCUGGCUCCCGCGGAUGCGGAGGAGUGGACUUACAUCUGGCGGGACAGCGACGCGAUCACCCUGAUCGUCUGCGGCUGCGGCGUGGGUUCGGAGCAGCUGCUCCAGACGCUGGCCGAUCUGGUGUUCGGAGCCAUUGGCAUGUUCAUCACCCGUGCCGCGGAAAUGGCGCAUGCCACGCUGCUGGAGCGGCUGAAGAAGGACGCCAAGAAGUAUGUGCCCAUUGUGGACGCCAUUCUGGAGGCGGCCUGCGCGGGCACACAGCUCCUGGGCUACACGGACUGUCUAUUGGCAGCGGAAAACGCCCAAUUGCUGCAGUGCCUCAACGAAUUCAGUGGCCACUGCGGCUCGCUCUUCUGCUGCCUGGUGGUGGGUCAUCGCAUAGCCGUGGCCACUGAGGGCUGGUGGGACCUGGACACCCGCGACCGGGAACUGCUGCUGUUCCUGCUCAACUCUUCGAGCACGCUGCAGCACGAUGUGCCCGUCUAUCUGCCCGUGAAGAGUCCCCACAUAGCCUAUCGGUUCGUCAGCAUUCCCGUGGCCUCAAACAGUGCCUUGUGCGUCCUCUGUGGCGCUGAAAAUGCCUCGUUCCGAGAGCUGCAUGCCCAUGCCAUGAGUGCCUAUCGCAAUGAGAGCAACCUCCUGGCGGCCGCCGAGCGCUGUGUCCCGCGCAGCCUGCCCGAGCACCUGGACAUCGAUGGCAAUGUGUUGGCCAUUAUUCUGAUCAACCGACACUCGCGGAAGAGCCUGUUCACCAGAAAUCUCAACCAGUCGGCCAGUGUCAAGCGCAUUAUUGUGGGCGACCUGCAGCGCCUGGAGAUACUUAAGAAGUUCUUCGAUCAGACCAUGGAUGCAGUGCAUCAGUUUGAAGCUGAGUCGUCGAGCAACAAGGCACUUUUGGUGGACCAAUAUAGCUGUUCGGACUACCACAAGUGCUACGCCCACACGGAUGAGCUGGGAAACGUCCUGUUUCUGCUGUUCGUGGCGGCCGUGCCCUCGCACGCAAUGAGUUUUCUGGCCCAACGCAUCCAUGCUAACAUACUCCAGGAAAAGUCUGUAUGCUGGUAAACCGUCUUUCAUUCCUGAAUCCUAUAAGACUGAUACUUUUCUUCCAAUUUUAAUUUUCAUAAGUUAAUUUGUUUAGGCUAUAAAGUCGAUUGAAAUAAUAUUCAUUAAUAACCAUUGGUUUUUAUGCACAUUGCUAGGCAUAUCCGUCCUUACACAUAGAUACUAUUUAUUUUAAAUCAAUAUUAUUACAAUUACUAAAUAGAAUUGUAGCCUUGAAAUGGCUACAAAAUGUUUAAUGUUGGUUCUUUUAAAUAAUACAUUAAAAUUUCAAGCCCAGCGCUCAAAAAACGUAAAUUCAACGAAAAUAAAUGUUUUAUUUAAUAAUAACAUAAACAAACAAAAAUAUUUCCCAAUAAAUUCUAAUAAAAACUCAUAUUUUAGUCUCUUAUGAGGAAAGUCUUCUAUAUGAGGUAAAGAACCGAAAAA